AGUUAGAUACAGUAUGUCCCUCCCUAUAUUUUAAAACUCUAUUUUGGUGUUUGCUUCCCCCUCUUACCUUCAAGAUUUUCACUUAUUUAAAGACAUAAAGGGAUAAAGAUGGCUGUGUUGAGGAUAGGAGUGAAGAGCUCGAGGAUAAAUGAGAAAAUUGAACUGUAUUUUUGGAUCUUGAUAAUGUUUAAAAUAUGUUUAAAAUAAAUGUGCCAAACAUUUUGCUUUCAUGAAGCUAUUCCGGAUUAAACUCUAAAAAAAAAACAAAACAGAGAGACGGGAUAUGUUUCUGUGUUCUACCAAUAGAAAAUUGGUAGAAACCACUUUUUCUAUCAGAUGGAUAUACUUCUUUGCAACAUUUUUGCUGAAAAUAGGCCAGGGUGGGACUAGCCUGACAAGAAAAAUUACAUAAUGUGUCAAGUGCCUUAUAUGAAGGUAUUACUUUUAUUAAUAUGCAUAAGUUUUGGCAGACUAAACAAAUUGUACUGAAUGAAAAUCUCAUUAUCUGAGAUAAUAAUUUCUCUGUAUUUUUUAUUUAAAUCUUAUGAUUAAGUUUGAGGGCUUCAUCUUCCAUCACACGUUUUUAUGUCUGUUCUGUGAACUUGCAAAAAUAAAUUAUGUGCAGAUUUCCCCAAAUCUCCUACACACAAAUUAAUGAUCCGUUGAUCAGACUGUUGUGACCCGGGAAAAUCAGGUGCUAAAACAAAGGUAAGAAAUGCAGUCAGGAAUGUAAGAUACUGUUAUAAAUAUUUGCCCCAUAUUUUGCAAAUUUGUGUUGCAAGAUUUAAUAUAUCAUUAUUAAUAAUGAUAAUGCAGUGGGUGUGGAUCAGUGGUGACAAAUUAAUUAAAAUCAGAAAUCACAAUAAAUCAGCAAUAAAAGAAGACCUACUAAUUUUCAGUUUGCACACACAAGUAAACAUGCAACACUCAAGGGACAAAGAAAUAGUCUUGAGUCAUUGCUUAUGUCAUAUUAGCUACUUAUUAACAAAAAAUCUUAUAUUACUUCAUAUAAAUUUCUUUGACAGUUUGAAUUCCUAAGUACCAUAGCUACAUUUGAGGCAUCCUGGAUAUUUUUUUCAGAUAACUUUGGGUUAGUCUGUUUUCCAGCUCAUUCCCCACACUAAUCACUGAAACAUGGUUUCCUCGGAAUUUUGUGUUGUUAUAAAAUAAAAACCAAAUCUGGGCCUUGGGCUCUGUGACUCACAAAGGCAUGUAAAAUAACUUGAGUAUUGUAACUGGGUCUAGUGAGUAGGGGAGGGAACUUCCUUCCUGUCGGAAACUUCCUGUGUGGAGUCAGUAGUCCAUGGCACAAUCUAAGUGUUUAUAAAUGAAGACUUUCCCACUAAAGUUGGUUCAAGCAAGUCAAAUUCAAGAACCUUUCAAGUAUUGUUAAAAAGUGUUCCAAUGCUCUGGUAUGCUCGAUACCAGCCAGAAACGCAAGUCCCCUCUGAGGUUCCGUCAGAAAAAGCAUCCAGUGGUAAACCCUGCCAAAUCAAAACUACCUGCUAUGGUGAGCCAUUAUGGCAUAAGUAGAAGUUAGGGGAGGGGAGCAAAUAAGAUAAGAUAAAGAGCGCAUGAUGCUGUGAAAUUGCGAGGUUUGAGAUUUACAAAACUGCUGCGCCGGCUGCCAGAUUAUACUCUAAACUAGUGAAAUUAUGACUUUAAUUUAAACAAACAUCUGUCAGCAAAUUUAAAUCAAACAUACAACCACUAACGAUAUCACCACGCAGAAUGGAGGAACUCGAAGGUUCCUCCACGGAUAUUUUGAGCAGCAUGUCACGGAGAAAUCCCCCGGACCAACAUAAAUAUAACAGAUACAGAGGACCUACUCACAACCAACAUUCAGAUACGCGAGUCCACAAACAAAAGCUAUUAACUCUAAACGCAGACAAUAAAUCCCUAAAACACAUUCACGACAUGUAAACAAGACGUAUGCGAGACAUUGAUUUUCUCUGGAAUCCCGGCCGAAACGUGGAUUAGAAACUUCAUGCAGUCUCGUCUCAGAGCCUGAUCUUAUCAUUGCUAAGUUUGAACAUUUCCAGUUUAAAGAACUUGUUAAAAGCAAACGGUGUGAAUUAAAAGGAAUGUCUUAUGGUAUGAACGGCUAGUUUCCUAGGGAAAUCAACAACGGACGUAAAGCAAUUUUGCCCAUUCUAAAACGACACAGACAGAAGGGCAAACACGCCUCUCUUGUCAUGGAUAACUGUUACAUCGACGGACAGUUGUUACAGGUUCCCACUACCACCCCUGUGCCUUGUCUGAAUGGAUAAGUAGACAAAAUGAUCAAAACCAUAUAGCAAAAUUAUAAUCCUUAGAUAAGAGGAUGGAUGGAAAGUUAUUAAUCUCCGUGUCUCUUCUGCAGAGUGUCCUUUGUCCUGUCUUCCUCCCCUCACCUGUUCCCACUAUUGCCAAAGUACUUGCUCAUAGGGGGCCAUCUGAUACUCUCUGUUCUCUGUAUUACUGUAGAGGCCUUGGCUUACAAUACAAAGACCCUUCAAGCAACUGUUGUGAUUUGGAAAAAUAAAAUUGAAGAUGCCAGUGUCACAGGGCUGUUUAUGUGUUGUCAAGUAUUUGAUGUUUGUCUUUAAUCUCAUCUUCUGGCUAGGAGGAUGUGGCCUGUUUGGAGUUGGAGUCUGGCUGUCCUUCACGCAGUCAGAGUUUUCCUCUCUUCCACUUUCAUUUCCGUCUCUCUCAGCUGCCAAUCUGCUGCUAGUUGCUGGUGGUAUUACUAUGAUAACAGGCUUUCUGGGUUGUCUUGGAGCGCUUAAGGAGCAGCGUUGUCUAUUGUUUACGUUCUUUUUGAUCCUGUUACUCCUGGUCCUGACAGAAGUGACUCUCGUUUUAGUUAUCCACAUUUUUCAUGACCAGCUGGAUUCAAAAGCACAAAAAGAUUUAAAGGAAGAUAUGAAGAUGUAUGAAUCAGAUCCUGGCCUUAAGAAUUCCUGGGACAAUGUCCAGAAAAUGUUCAAGUGCUGUGGCGUAACCAACAAAACAGACUGGUAUAACGUGCUGCAGGGAAAGCUACCCUUAUCAUGUUGCUCAGUUGGGACACAGACGUGUGUUGAAGGAUGGACUGAGCCAUGCUACCAGAAAGCAAGAAAGUGGCUGAUAAAAAACAUCACCUCUGUCCUGGUGUUUGGAGUGUGUAUUGGUGUUGUGCAGAUUUUGGCCCUGGUGUUCUCCAUGCUCAUGUAUUGUCAAAUUCUUUCGGUCGAGAAACACUUGGACUAACUGCAGAAAAGCUGUUCAACAGAUGUCACGUGACGCCUAUCAAACUCAUGAACUGAAUUUCUAAAAUCCAUAAUCCAGCCUGGAACAUUCCACUGAUUAAUUUUGGUUCAGAUUUUCAGUCAUUACAUUAUUACAUGGCAAUUACUGUUAACACCGAUUUACUUAGUUCUUCCACACCGCGCUGUACAAAGACAUCUGUUAACUGGGAUAUAUUAAUUAACCUAGUAAUGACUAUCAUUUCCUUCAUUGUAGAUACAAUUUGACAAAUAUUUAUUUAGUAUAUACUAUAUUUUUAGCCUUUGGAUGUCAUUUAUCUAAGAUGUAAAAAAAAGCACAGAGGAGCACUCUUAAUGGACUUCUUAUAUAGCGCUUUUCUACUGUCUUGAAGUACUCAAAGCGCUCUAUACAACACACCGCAUUCACCCAUACACACCAGCACCAACCUUUGUCAGUGCUUUAACUCAUACUCCAAUGGAUGCAUUGGAGACCAAGUGGAGGUUAGUAUCUUAGAUUAGUAAGCUUAGAGCACCUGGUAUUCCCAGGCAGUCUCCCAUCCAAGUAUUAACCAAGCCCAACACUGCUUAGCUUCCAAGCCCAGAUGAGAUCGGGCGUGCUCAGGGUGGUAUGGCUGUAAGCACGAACUGCUGCAAGGGGCUAAAUACACAAACUGCUGGUUCAGUUUGUGUAUUUAGUCCAGCACGGUAGUAGCAGAAAAUAUAUUUGACACAUGGACCCUGGAAAAUAGAUUUUUAUUUGACGUUUAAUUCUAAAUUUCUAGCCUGUAAAAUGUAGGCAUACUGGAUAUACAUCUGCUUCACUUAUUUUACCGCAACAAUUUUCAAAUAUCCUCAUAGUCACUCAGAAUGUAACUCUUGGUAUUCCUUUAUAGCCUAUAUAUUCUAACUGAUACAGGGCAAAAUUUAAAGUACAGAUGCAGGCAAGGGUAGUACUGGUAAAAUUUAUUAGAUGUGAGGAUCACUGAUAUCCACCCUGCUUAAAGGUCACAACAUGCACAAGAAUUUGAGUAUGUUGAGACAUUAGUCUCAACAUACUCAACAUGACUCCAAUGUCUUAACAUUAGAGUAAGUUCACCUAAAAAUGAAAAACAGUAAAAAUAAAUAAAUAAAAAAUGUCCUAUUUGACAAAAGUUUGAGUAACAAACUGAGUAAGCUUUGUGAGACUAGCAGAAAGUAAGAUAAAGUACAUGAAGACUUGAUUCAGGUGAUUCCCUGUAAGACGUGCAGCUCAGUUUCAACUCCAUCCAUCUGUUCCCUCUCGCUUGGUCGCUCCGUGUCUUUGGACUGUGGGAGGAAGCCGAAGUACCCGGAGAGAACAACCCACGCAAACAGGAGGAGAAGAUGCAAACUCCACACAGAAAGGACUUCACAUAAAACCAGUAAUUUAUCCUUUAGACAUUACAUCCCCUGUGUGGCAUAUAUCAGUGUUUUGCUUGUAAAUUGGUGUAAUUAGUUAACAAAAACAGUGAACUAUUAAAACCUUAAGAGAACAGA